AUGUCUCACCCAGAUACCUGUGACUGUUCUCGUUGUGAUCCAUCCCCUGAAUUCUUCCAACAACCUUCUGCUACGUCCAUCAAUAAACUCGUUGGAGAAGCAAAGUUCAAGGUCGCCUUCCAUCUUCGUGAAAGUCAAGAGCAAGGAGCCUGCCACUCUCUGGUAUUUGAUAAUGAAAAUACCUUGUUCCGUGAUGAAGACCAGGAAUUAAAUUUGGUACACAGCCUUGAAGAUGAAGUGAGAUUUAUUUUGAUUGAUACCAUCCGCCGGUUCGAGUGCAAGAAAGAGUACUUCAACUACUUGGAGGUAGAAGUCGCUUUCAAAGAAUUUGAGAGACACUGCAGACUCCAGAGGCCAUUGCCAGUCAGGUUGUCACUGUUUCUAAUUGCAGCAGUGGGCGACUUUACGUCGUCUAUCGAGACUCGAGGGAAGCAAGAGAUCAGAGACCGCUAUCUGAGCAAACAUGUUACUGAGGACGACAUUAGAGAAUAUGUGAAGAUUGGCUAUGACCAUUUCGGCUUCUUCUGUGCUGGACUUUCCUGGCUGAACUCUGUGGUCCGAGUGUCGUGGGAUCAUGAUCUGAGACUGACCCGCGCAUGCUCAGAAGGCAUUAUACACCCUACGGGCGACACAGAAGAGGAGAAGCCCGAGAAGCUCAAUAUUGCCCCUAUGGUGCCAACCAAUGCAAAUGCAUGCAGUCGAGUAUCUCCCGAAAAAAGUCGAUCUCGCUGGCCUAAAAAAACCCCAAGGCAUACGAAAACUCGGCAAGAUGCGAUACGUAACUGGGACGCCAAGUUCCUACCGGGGUUGGAUGUAUGGCACCUUCGAUCCCCUUCCAGACUGUGCUAUACGCGAAAUAAUAGCACAGGGCUCCGUGGCAGCAUACAGAUGCCAUCCUUCGAUUUUCGCGCGGUCUGA